ACACACAUGAGCGCGCAGAAGACGGAUCCUACUUGUGGUAGUGGUGGGUAAACGCGGGGGGAAGGCAAAAGACACCCCCACCGAUUGCCCCUGCCCCCUCCACCAUCGGACCUGAAAGAAAAGAGUCUAAUUUAGCUCCGGUACGGGGUGGACCGACAAAACUUAAACAUUUAUACCCGUUAAAACCGUUACCUCAGAGUUUAACGUGUUCACGCGCAGCGAAAUCGUUGACAUGGCACGGAUAACUGUUCUCUCCCGCUGAAAACUUCGCGUUACCUGGAAUUAUUUGGAUUUUAAACCCCCUUUCUUUACAUGGAUGCAACAUAGUUCACAUUUACGAGGAUUUAUGAUCGUAACGCAGCUGCAUCGAUCCGGGCUAACGUUACAGUGACUUGGAAAAGUAUCAUUGCAAAACGUCCAGCGUGCAGACCCCUCAUCUCCAGCUUGCGGGGCCGCGGCUGUCCAGCCAGGUCAAAGGUCAUCUGCAAAAUGAUGCCAGCCGGCCACCUGCCCUACCUGCCAACCCUGCUCUCCCUGAGUGCCCUGCUGCUGUCCCCGCUGCUCACCGGCUCUCUGGCCUUAUCUCCACCACGGUUCACAAAAGUACCUGUAGACAUGAUUGGCGUCUCUGGAGGUGUCGUGUCCUUCGUAUGUCAAGCCACAGGUGACCCUAAGCCAAGAGUAACAUGGAACAAGAAAGGGAAGAGGGUCAACUCUCAGCGGAUCGAGACGAUAGAGUUCGAUGAAGGAGCAGGAGCGGUUUUGAGGAUCCAGCCUCUCCGAGCGCCUCGAGACGAGAACAUCUACGAAUGCGUUGCAGAGAACAGCGAGGGGGAGAUCAAUGUCCAAGCUAAACUGUCAAUCAUUAGAGAGGACCUGCUUCCUGCAGGCUUCCCCAACAUCGACAUGGGUCCACAGCUGAAGGUAGUGGAGCGGACUCGUACUGCCACUAUGCUGUGCGCCGCCAGCGGGAACCCCGACCCAGAAAUUACCUGGUUCAAAGACUUCCUUCCCAUCGACCCCAACACGAGCAGCGGCCGGAUCAAACAGCUCAGAUCAGGUGCCCUCCAGAUAGAAAACACAGAAGAAACAGACCAAGGAAAGUACGAAUGCGUGGCGUCUAACGUGGAAGGCGUCCGAUACUCUUCCCCUGCCAACCUGUAUGUGAGAGAGCUUCGAGAAGUUCGACGCGUGCCACCUCGUUUCUCCAUCCUGCCCACCAGCCACGAGAUCAUGCCAGGAGGAAGCGUCAACAUCACUUGCGUCGCAGUGGGCUCGCCAAUGCCCUACGUCAAGUGGAUGCUAAACUCGGAGGACCUGACCCCCGAAGACGAGAUGCCAGUGGGCAGGAACGUCCUAGAGUUAAACGGCGUCCGAGAGUCGGCCAACUACACCUGUGUGGCCAUGAGCAGCCUGGGCAUCAUCGAAGCUGUGGCCCAGAUCGUCGUCAAGUCCUUGCCAAAACCUCCGGGUACACCUGUUGUAACAGAAACUACUGCCACCAGUAUCACUAUUACUUGGGACAGUGGCAACCCUGAGCCAGUUUCCCAUUACAUCAUCCAAUAUCGUGCCAAGUCUCCAGAAAGCAAAUUUGAGACAGUGGAGUCCAUCACCACCACUCGCUACAGUAUCGGAGGACUUUCUCCAAACACAGACUAUGAGAUACGUGUGUCAGCCUUCAACACCAUUGGCCAAGGGCCACCAAGUGAACCGGUUGAGGCUAGAACUGGCGAGCAAGCUCCCGCCAGCCCCCCACGAAAUAUCCAGGCCCGCAUCAUCUCGCAGAACACCAUGAUGGUGCGUUGGGAUGAACCGGAGGAGCCCAACGGGCAGAUUAAGGGUUAUCGGGUGUACUACACCAUGGACCCGUCACAAGUCAUGAGCAUGUGGCAAAUCCAUAAUGUUCAGGACAGUGUGAUCACCACCAUUCAGAGUCUGGUGCCCUCUGAGACCUACACCAUCAGAGUACUGGCCUUCACGUCUGUAGGAGACGGACCCUUCUCGGAUCCCAUCCACGUCAAGGUGCUUCAAGGAGUUCCUGGACAGCCGAGUAACUUUCAAGUUGGGGAGGUGUCGGACACCAGCGUUCAGCUUACAUGGGAACCUGCUUUUGAGAAAGAAGGGAUCAUCAGUUACGAACUUCAUUACAAAGAGGGAAGCCAAGGAACUCAGGUAAAGAAAACAUUCAGUCCAACAUCUUCCUACGUGGUGGAGGGCUUACGUGCCAAUACAGAGUACUCCUUCUCCCUGGCCGCCGUCUCCAACAAGGGGAUCGGAGCCUUCACCAAUGAAAUAUCCCAAAGGACAUCCCAAGCCAAGCCCUCCGCCCCUCCUCAAGACAUUAAAUGCACCAGCCACAGCUCCACCACCCUGCUGGUAAGUUGGCGCCCUCCGCCGGCCGAGAGCCAGAAUGGGGCGCUGGCCGGGUACAUAGUGCGUUACGCGGUGGUUGGGGGCGGGCCCGAGGUCAGCGCCGAGCCUGUGGAGGAGCCACCGGUGCCGUCUGACUCCAACCAGAUCCACUUGCAGCGGCUGGAAAAAUGGACUAUGUAUCGGGUCACGGUGGCCGCCAGCACCAGCGUGGGUCCGGGCCCUGAGAGCCAGCCGCUGCUCUGCCGCACUGACGAAGAUGUACCCGGAGCUCCUCCUCGCCGCGUAGAGGUAGAGGUGCUCAACUCCACCUCCAUCAAGGUGAUGUGGCGCUCCCUGUUACCAGGGAAACAGCACGGGCAGAUCCGCGGGUACCAGGUGCACUACGUGCGCGUCGAGAACGGCGAAUCCCGCGGCCUGCCCCUCAUCAAGGACGUGAUGCUGGCUGACGCACAGUGGGAGAAGGACGACACAGCUGAAUAUGAGAUGGUCAUCGGGGGGCUACAACCUGACACCACCUAUUCCAUCACUGUGGCAGCCUACACCACCAAAGGAGACGGUGCCCGCAGCAAACCCAAGCUAGUGGUGACUAAAGGAUCAGUGCCCGGGCCUCCUUUCCUCUCCGUCAAUCAAAACUCAGAGACCUCUGCGUUAAUACGCUGGCAACCCCCAGAGUUCCUGGCUCCGGGUCUCGAGGUGCAGGGCUUUCGACUGCAGUUCGGCCGAAAGGACGUGAGCCCUCUGGCCACGCUGGAGUUUGACCCGCAGGAGCUGGAAUAUUCCAUCAGCAACAUCCACCGAGGUGCCACGUACAUCUUUAAGGUCUCCGCCAAGUCCAAAUCGGGCUUCGGGGAAGAAGCAAUAAAAGAACUCAGAGUCCCGGAGGAGGUUCCCCGAGGGUAUCCUCAGAUAAUCGAGGGCCCUAAUAUCACCUGUUGCUCGCUGCAGUUCUCCUGGCUGCCUCCGGUGCUCGCCGAACGCAACGGCGCCAUAACUGAAUACACGCUGGCUUACCAGGAAGCCGGAGUUGCUGGCGGACCCAAAGAACUGCGUCUGCCGGCAAACGAGAACAGUUACACCCUCAACAGCUUGAGACCCAACGUGGCGUACGAUGUGAAAAUUCGAGCGCACACCAGUGUAGGUCCAGGGCCGUACAGCCCGCCGAUCCAGUAUCGAACAGUGGCCUUCGAAGCAGAUGUUCCUAAGAAUUUCACUGUAAAGCUGGUUACCAAGACAACGGUCCUGCUGACCUGGAAGUUUUCCAAUAGCCAAUUCCCAUACCCCUGCAUGGUCGAGUACAACAGGCAAAAGGACAGCAUUGAUGCUAAGGACACCAAAGCUCUCAUCAUCAACCUGCGGCCCGACACCAACUAUGAGUUCAGAAUCACCUGUCCGGAGAGCACAGAUGGCGGACCCAAGCACAAGCUCACCGCCCGAACGGCCCCGCCUAUUCUGGUUAAUAAACCAAAGCUGGAACUCAGUAGAGAGCCGGACAACACGUUGGCCAUUUAUUUCCCACCACUGGAAACCAAAGACAUGAUUAAGACCAUCUUUGUUGUGGUGGUGCCGUUGAGGAAGGGUAGAAGACACAACAAGAACCCUGAUGAGCUGGAUCUAGAAGAGCUGUUGGGCGAGCGGAGACUCGGUCAUCGUCACGCUCGGACCACCCGUCAGCUCAAGCAGUUGGACGGGAAGAGACCCUACAUUGCUGCCAGCUUCAAGCCCUCAUCCAUGCAUCAGCCCCUCACUCUGGGUGACCAGAAGGUCUACGGUGGCUUUGAGAACAGAGCCCUCGACCCCGGGCAAGAAUAUGUGUUUUUCAUCCUUGCUGAGCUCAACACUACUGGAGGGAAAGUGUUUGUGUCCAGCCCCUACACGGAUCCGAUCACGAUGCCUGAUGUGGAUCCUCACCCCAUUGAGACAGGUGGAGAUGGGCUUAUAUGGGUGGUGGGGCCGGUUCUCGCCGUGGUCUUCAUCAUAUGCAUCGUGAUCGCCAUUCUCCUUUACAAGAAUAGCAAACGUAAAGAGUCGGAGCCACGGACGAAAUGCCUUCUGAAUAAUGCCGAAAUCACUUCGCACCACCCAACAGACCCCGUGGAGAUGAGACGCAUCAACUUCCAAACCCCAGAUUCUGGUCUAAGCAGCCCGCUCAGCGCAUCCAGUUUUGACUAUGAAAGUAUGAUGAACCACCCGCCCAUUCCCAUCACUGAGCUGGCCGAGCACACGGACCUACUAAAGGCCAAUGACAACCUGAAGCUCUCCCAAGAGUAUGAGUCCAUCGAUCCGGGCCAGCAGUUCACCUGGGAACAUUCCAACCUGGAGGUCAACAAACCCAAGAACCGAUACGCCAACGUCAUCGCCUACGAUCACUCACGCGUCAUCUUGGCUCCCAUCGAAGGUAUCACAGGCAGCGACUACAUCAAUGCUAACUACAUCGAUGGCUACAGGAAACAGAACGCAUACAUAGCCACACAAGGACCUCUACCGGAGACCUUCGGAGACUUCUGGAGAAUGGUGUGGGAACAGAGAGCGGCCACUGUUGUCAUGAUGACCAAACUGGAAGAGAAGUCACGGAUCAAAUGUGAUCAGUACUGGCCCAGCAGAGGAACGGAGACGUAUGGUAUGAUCCAGGUGACGCUUCUGGACACCAUCGAGCUCGCCACCUUUUGUGUGCGCACUUUCUCUUUACACAAGAAUGGCUCCAGCGAAAAGCGUGAAGUUCGACAGUUCCAAUUCACUGCCUGGCCGGACCACGGCGUUCCCGAAUACCCCACCCCAUUCCUGGCCUUCCUCAGGAGGGUAAAGACCUGCAAUCCACCAGACGCCGGCCCCAUCGUCGCUCACUGCAGUGCUGGCGUGGGUCGUACGGGCUGCUUCAUCGUGAUCGACGCCAUGCUGGAGCGCAUCAAACACGAAAAGACCGUGGACAUCUACGGUCACGUGACCCUCAUGCGCUCUCAGAGGAACUACAUGGUGCAGACGGAGGAUCAGUACAGCUUCAUCCACGACGCCCUGUUGGAAGCGGUCGCCUGCGGUAACACCGAGGUGGCCGCACGGAGUCUCUUCUCCUACAUCCAGAAACUGGCACAGGUGGAGGCUGGAGAGCACGUCAGUGGUAUGGAGCUGGAGUUUAAGCGCUUGGCAAACUCCAAAGCCCACACGUCUAGAUUCAUAAGUGCCAAUCUGCCAUGUAACAAAUUUAAAAACCGUCUGGUCAACAUCAUGCCCUACGAGACCACUCGAGUCUGCCUGCAGCCAAUCAGAGGCCUGGAGGGGUCGGACUAUAUUAACUCCAGUUUUAUCGAUGGAUACAGACAACAGAAAGCUUAUAUAGCCACACAGGGACCAUUAGCAGAGACCACCGAAGACUUCUGGAGGAUGUUAUGGGAAAAUAACUCCACCAUCGUAGUGAUGCUGACCAAACUGAGAGAGAUGGGCCGAGAAAAAUGUCACCAGUAUUGGCCGGCAGAACGUUCUGCUAGAUAUCAGUACUUCGUGGUGGACCCGAUGGCCGAGUACAACAUGCCACAAUACAUCCUUAGAGAGUUUAAAGUCACGGAUGCACGGGACGGACAGUCCAGGACCGUGCGGCAAUUCCAGUUCACCGAUUGGCCGGAACAAGGGGUGCCCAAAUCCGGAGAGGGUUUCAUAGACUUUAUAGGGCAGGUGCAUAAAACCAAGGAGCAGUUCGGGCAGGACGGGCCUAUUUCUGUCCAUUGCAGUGCUGGGGUGGGCCGCACCGGGGUCUUCAUCACGCUCAGCAUCGUAUUGGAGAGGAUGCGUUACGAAGGUGUGGUGGACAUCUUCCAGACGGUCAAAAUGCUAAGAACACAACGACCAGCGAUGGUGCAGACAGAGGACGAGUACCAGUUUUGCUACCAGGCGGCUCUGGAAUACCUUGGAAGUUUUGAUCACUAUGCAACGUAAAAAGCCAUUUUGUUCGUCCUGCCCCAUAGCCCCCUCUCCCCCCCGACAGCCUCCUGAGCCAUAAGAACUUGCUUGAAACAAUGACAAAUAUUCGAAAUUUAAAUACAGAGAAGAAAGUUUUUAACCGUAUUUUAGGAACCAUUCGGAACGCCAUGAUGAAUAAUCCCGAUUGGAUAGCGACACUGUAGUAAUGCAAUCCCACUGAAAACAGAUCUUCUUCGCGGAGGAAUCGAACAUCACGGCUCAGGCUGUAGGGUGGGAAUGAUUUAGGUGUCGGACCACUAACUUUACCUCAAGUGUUCUGAGGAGAACGUGCAUCUUUUAGUUCCAAACUAACUAUGAACAUUUUACAAACGAGUUAAUGAAGGAAAAGCCGGGAGCAAUCGAAAUGUGCCCACGAAUGAACUAAACGGAUAAAUGGUUACCCGUGAUUGGGAUUGAAUGGAAAUCCUGCCCUGUUUACUAAGAUGGAAACAUUUGUUAGUUUAACAGUGGACAUCAUGAAGGAUUUGUAGAUUGGGAACUUGAAGCGACGGUACAAAUGGACAACUCACAUUUAGUUUUUCUCCAAUCCUUUCCUUGUGACAUUUCGCCAUCCGGGUAAAAUUGGGAACAAAUUGAAGGCAAACCAUUCAUCCACUUCACAAAGUAACUCUCCUCUGGACACUACCGGAGUCCGACUUCACACUUCUUGAGGAGGCAUUCGUGCUAAGUUAAUCGUAUUUCUUAACGCAUCGAGUUUCUCUGCCACAGGUGCGGACAGUUCGAGGACACACUAGCAAACGUUUCUGCCGAUGUAGCUCCACCUCUAUCCUCCUGUGAGCCAAUGAGAGCACGAUAUUGGGUGCAAGAAACUGAUCGGAGAGAGAUGCGUGGGAAAUGUUUUCGUUAUUACGAUGUCCCUAGUGACCAACGUUCAUUGCCAUCGUUCAAAAUGACUAUUUUGUUUUUUCAUUUUUCGCUCUCGAUACCAAACGUGCUGCUUUCGCUCCAUAAUGCUGUACGUGUACAUGUGAAGAUUUCGAUCGAGGAUGGGUGUUCUGGUCCCGGGUGCAAAGACAUGCAGUGCCCCCGUGCAUUAUUCAACGAUUUCUUGCAUCGGUUCGUUUGGGAGAAGUGGAUUUGGCAUUAAAAGCAAGAAACAAGGAAUAAUUAUACAAAAUAUCGGUACAACUAUCUUCAGACGGGCAUGUUUUGUUGUGGGUGGAACUGUUUGAUAUGCGUAUGAGGGGGAGGAGUCUCCUCGCUGAUUGGUUAUGGUGACGAAUGCUUGAACCUUGAGUGAAUGAAAGGAGCCGUGUGUAAUCUUAUUUCCAAAAAAAGCCUUAUUCUUGUAACAUCAUAUGAUAUAGUAUACAUUGAUGUAUUAUUUUGUUUAUGGUUAUCGUUAACACACAUUUGAUUUAGUUUUUAUUUGUUUGUUUUUUAACAAAAUACUCGUUUUUUAUUAGCAAGAAAAAAUAAUGCUCAUUUUGCUCAUGUUAUGUUAAAAGACAUUUCUAUUUUUUCACUCUAGAAAAAUUAUGCGAGAUGCGUUCGUGUAUGCGUACAUAUACGUAUACAUACACGAUCGCAUAUAUAAAGCGAAUAUAAAGAUGAAUAGCCUUUUUUGUGUCUGUAUUUUUUUUUUUUCGAAAGGGAAGCGUUAAUUUUUAUAUCACCAAGAAAUUAACUGCGUGUAUGAAUUUUUUUUAACAAGUUGGGAAUGCGAAAAUUUCCCAUAAAUCAUUGCGGUAAGAGCUCCGAUCGUGAGCCGGAACGCCUUUGACUUCCUGUUGCCCGGUAACAAAGGGCAGAUUAAUUUCAAUCACUAUUGUUAAUCAUUAGGAAUACUAGUAUUAACUGAAGUAUUACUUUUAUAUGAUGUAGAACUGGUUUACUAACCUUUAAAUCGAACAAAAAACAUCUUUCAAAUUUACCUAAAUAAACUUUACAGUUUGUUACAGCCCGUCUCUGUGAAAACCUUCAUUUUUUUGUCUUUUCGAAUCUUUUUUCUUUCUUAACCACAGAAUGUUUGCUCGUUUGUUAGAUAUCAGCUAUGAUCCUGAAUAUAAUGACUGUAAAUAAACAAAUAUAUAUUAUAUGUAUUUGUAUAAAUUGACCCACAAGAUUUCUGUCUUUGAACGAUACAAAAAAAAGUUUAUGCUAAUGGAAAAACCUUCCAGAGUUUUGAAAGAAGCUUUGUCUCACGCUAACAGCUCUGUUUAUCUGCGAUCCCUUCAUUUCUUUCGUCUUUCAUCCAUUCACUCGUUCUUUUCUUAUCUUAGCAGCCACACGCUGAAGCCCAGUGGUGAGAGAAAUACUGAAGGCGCUUCUUCUGUAAAUCUUUGGGCAACACUUAUUUUUCAUUCUUGUAACUGUUAAGGAUGGAGCUCUCGAAUCUUAAAGAGCGAGUUUUAUUAAACUUGGCCAUUGAGAUUUUUUGCAUUGUGACUUAUUGGUCAUCCACAACCUAAUUUUACAGUAUUACCGUAAAAAUUACAUUAAAGGCAGUACAUCAAAUGCUUGGACAGUACUUAUUAACGUCAAUAUGUAAAGAUGCAGUUCUUUACUGGUGCUCACUUUAGCAUUUCUACAAAUGAUGGUAUUUUACUCUUCACCUGUUGAUCUUCAAUAAUAAAUCCUAAAAAAGAAUUAUUAAAACUCCUUAAGAUAAAAAAAUACAAAAUUAAGAGUGUUUGACUACCUUUUGACCAUUUUUUCAUUGCAAUAUUGAGAAUGAAAGUGAUCCUGUCAUGAAAUGUCACAAUGUUGAAAGUCUUAAUUUUCUUUAAAAUAAUCUCCAUCAUCUUUCUUCGAAAAAUAUAGUCGCAAAUGUGAAUCCAGUUUUUACCUGUACGAAACCUAGGGCCUCAUUUUUAAAAUGCGUAGAAAACAUCCUAAAUUUGAUUAUAUGAUAAUUUCUUGUGUUCGUCUGAUUCAUAAAAUUAAUGUGCGCACAGAAAAUACGGGUUUAGAUGCAAAAUCUAUAAAUCGUAAAUGAUCUUAAAAUUGUGCGCAGCUAAAUAGUUCAUAUCUCUUUAUUUAAACGUUGCCUAAUUAAUGUCAUUGACAUAUAAAAGAGCGUCUGUCAAUGUUUAAAUCCUUUUCGAGCAGCAAGAAUGGCUUAUAUUUUCAAAAACCUGCAGCAAUCGGACAAGCAAAAGUGCGUACGUCUGCUCAGACCCUGACGUGGCGCUAAGCACUUUUCAACGUCAACGCCAGUUCUUAUAAAUAUAUGGACUUUGCCGUGGAUUUUAACACACCUUACGAUCAAAACUGUGCGUACGCAAGCUUUAAAAUCAAAUCUGUGCGUACGCACACCUUACGAUCAAAUCUGUACUUACGCAAGCUUUAUUAUCAAAUCCGUGCAUACGUACGCUUUACGAUCAAAGCUGUGCGUACACGCAUUUUAUGAUCAAAUCUGUACGUACGUGUACUUUAAGAUCAAAUCUGUGCUUACACACUCUUUGCAAUGAAAUCUGUACGUACACAAGCUUUAUUAUCAAAUGUGUGCAUACGCACACUUUACGAUCAAAUCUGCGUGUACACAUGCUUUACGAUCAAAGCUGUGCGCACGCAAGCUUUAUUAUCAAAUCUGUGCAUACGCACACCUUACGAUCAAAUCUGUGUGUACACACUCUUUGCGAUCAAAUCUGUGCUUACACACUCUUUGCGAUCAAAUCUGUGCGUAUGCACUCUUUACGAUUAAUUCUGUGCGUACGUGCGCUUUACGAUCAAAUCUGUGCAUAUGCACGCUUUAUAAAUGAGGCACCUAAAGUUUACAAUUUAUAUAUAUAUAUAUAUAUUGUUGUUAGAUUUGGAUAAAGAAGGGCUAGUGUGGCCAGUGCCUAUACAAAUGCCAUAUAAACAGCGAGAGGAAAUUUCCUUCAGUGGUUGCGGUUUAGCUUUAUGACAUCAUAGCUAGCAUAGCAUCUCUCACCACUGCCCCCUGUGUUUCACCUUUUCAGUCACAAUUCUUUUAAAAUGUUUCAUUUUUUGUAAAGAACUAGAAGUUUACUGAUGCAUGCCAUGUUACUUUAAUUUUUUUUUACUUUGGGGAUUUUUCGUUAAGGGACGAAGUAUGAGAGCAGAGAGAUCUUGGAACCUGGAAAUUCCAGCGCUGCCUUUUAAACCGUUGGGAGUUUUGUGUGUUUCUAAUGAACUUUCUUUCGGAGAAGCAAAAGGACACUUGUGCGAUUGGACUGACGGAUUUGCUCGGAAAAUCAAACGUUACGAUGUUGGACUAACGAAAACUUGGACUGAUUAGGGAACAUAAAACGACGAACCAGUACACAAAAGUGAACGUAUUAAUACAACGGCCAACAAAAAGAAGAAAAAAAGCCAAACUUGAACGUGAAAAUUGUUUCUCUUUGUACGAAAGCCAAGUGCUAUCAAACUGCUUUCAAACUGUUACUUCUGGUGGACACACAAUAAUUGGUUUGAAACCACUGUGUAUGUAGAUAUGUUGACUUUGUAUUAAAGAAAUGUUGUCUGAAUA